AUGAAAUUCCCAGGCUCGGUGUUGGCGUCCGUGUUCCUGUUUGUGGCCGAGACGUUGGCGGCGCUGUCCCUGAGCAGCACCUACCGCUCGGGCGGGGAUGGCAUGUGGCAGUCACUGACGCUGCUUUUCUCGCUGCUGCCCUGCGCGCUGGUGCAGCUCACGCUCCUCUUCGUUCACCGCGACUUCAGCCGCGAUCGGCCACUAGUUCUGCUGCUGCACCUGCUCCAGCUCGGACCUUUGUUCAGGUGUUUUGAAGUCUUCUGCCUCUAUUGUCAGUCAAACAAUAGUGAAGAGCCAUAUGUCAGCAUCACCAAGAAGCGACAGAUACCAAAAAAUGGCCUCUCAGAGGAGAUUGAGAAGGAGGUGGGCCAGGCAGAGGGCAAGCUAUUCACCCACCGAUCUGCAUUCAGCCGGGCAUCAGUGAUCCAGGCUUUCUUGGGCUCAGCCCCUCAACUGACCCUGCAGCUAUACAUAAGCGUCUUGCAACAGCAUAUCGGUAUUGGAAGAAGUUUCUGCAUGGUUCUUUCCCUGUUGUCCAUUGUGUAUGGAGCUUUGCGCUGUAACAUCCUAGCCAUCAAGAUCAAGUAUGAUGACUAUGAGGUCAAAGUGAAGCCUCUGGCUUAUCUCAUUAUUUUCCUCUGGAGGAGCUUUGAGAUUGCCACUCGAGUUGUGGUCUUGGUCCUCUUUACCUCCGUCCUAAAGGCCUGGGUGGUGAUAGCGAUACUCAUCAAUUUCUUCAUCUUCUUCUUGUACCCCUGGAUCGUCUUCUGGUGCAGUGGUUCCCCAUUCCCUGAGAACAUCGAGAAGGCCCUCAGUCGGGUGGGCACCACCAUCGUGCUCUGCUUCCUCACCUUACUUUAUGCUGGUAUCAACAUGUUCUGCUGGUCAGCUGUGCAGCUACAAAUCAACAAUCCUGACCUCAUUAGCAAGUCCCAGAACUGGUACCAGCUUGUGAUGCACUACAUGGUGAGAUUCAUUGAGAAUGCCUUUCUUCUCCUUGCAUGGUAUCUUUACAAGACUGACAUCUAUAUGUAUGUGUGUGCACCUCUGUUGAUUCUGCAGCUGCUCGUUGGGUAUUGCACAGCUAUUCUAUUCAUGCUAGUGUUCUAUCAGUUCUUCCACCCUUGUAAAAGACUCUUUUCCUCCUCUGUUUCUGAAGGCCUUCAGGAAUGCAUAAGGUGUAUUUGCUGUAAUUGCAAGUGGAACAGAUCCUCUGAGUCUAUAGGUCUAAGGCCACCUGAAGAUAAAAAUAAGGAAUCUAGCAGUAGCCUAAGUGCUGCGCCCACCCAGUCCUUGAGUCCUGAGGAGCUCUGCUAUACUUAAAAGUCUAGAGUAUCUUUUCUCACAUUUUACUUUCUAGGUUGAUCCUUGUCCUUUGUAUAAGUGAGAGGCUCUGGAAAGUUAGCAAAGCAGGAAGUUAGGCUCAACCCCUUAUAAGUUGUUCCUCUUUAAAGAGCUCUUGGGUGUGUGGCAACUAUGAGUAGAAGUCAGGCAAGUCUAAAUAUCAGAGAGGAAGCAUCAUUCACAAUUGAUCAUGAUUCCCAGAUGUUACUAACCUUUUCACAGAUAUCAUGGUAUCUGUGUUCAGUUGGCUAGAUCCACCAGGUAGAAUGAGGCCAGGAGCUUUGUUCUUUUCUAGUUUUCUGGAUUGCCGGUCUAUGUAACCUGAUAUUUUAUUAUUCCUGAACAUAGUUGCCACCCAAGAGCUGUCUCUUCCGAUGAACAGAGACAACUGUUCAGCAGUAACGUUCACAUCAGGGUUUUCAGAGGAAGUUUAAGUUACUUUUUGAAUAGACAGCUCUUCCCUUUUCAUCUCCAGCUGUAGCUGCUUUGGUCUGCUAUCUCUAACUGUACAAAAGUCUGGGUAUUGAGACUUUAUUCACAAGAUUCCAUGCAUGAAAAAUUAAAUUCUAAAUUUGGUUAUGAAAGUCUAAAAAUCUUAAGAAAAUUAUGUUCCUUUAGUAUGUUGAAGAAAUUCCUGGAUCAAGUGGGCUGUUGAAAUAUCAAAAUUCUGUGGACUUUUAUAAGCAGAAUUCUUACCUUCAGGGGGUAAUUGAAAGUGUGAAUCUACUAUAGGGUAGAUUUAAUCCUCUUCAUGAGUCAGUCCUGUCCUGUUAAUUCGAGAAUUUUAUAGUACAAUUUGCAUGGGUUUGCCUUCUUAAGAAGAAAAUAAAACCAAUAGACGCCUCUCCCUCUUUUCAUUGUCUGUUGGUUUGUUUUGGUUACUGUGUUAUUUUCUAAAAAACUCCACAGAAGUCUCUCACCUAGCACAGGUAUAUAAUUAUGGCAGUUUAAUUUUCAUUAUUUGAAAGAAAAGAACUUUUCUCACUCUGUAUCUCUGUCCUCAAUUAGUGAUUGACUUAAGAUAUUUUUUAACUAGAUAAAGAAGUGAAAUAACCAGAAUAUUUUAACUGAAUGUGUUUUGUUUUGGCAUGACUGUGAGCAAAUUUGAACAAAAUAUCCAAUUUUAUUCUCCUGCACUCUCAUGUCUACAAUAUGCUCUCUCCUUUAUUCUGAAACCAUGUGUUUCAUUAAAAUGUCUUGGGGGAAAUACCUAGCUCUGGAGCCAUUAUGUUUACUGUGAAACUUUAAAUAAUGAGAUAUUUGAAAACAAGUGACCUGUCACUGGCUACACUGAACACUGCAGACCCAUCAAGAGUGACAGUCUAAGUAGUCCUCCUGACAGGGUGGACAGACUUGAUUUGGAACCUCUCUCAAGAACCAUUAUAAAACUUGAAGCUUUCAAUACAGUUUAAGUCAUUUUAAUGUAGAAGAUAGGUACUCAUCAUGAGUAAACUCAAACAAAAAUAGCAGUGAUGAUCUGUCAGACAUCCCAUAAGUCACACAUUUCAAAGGGCAAAGAGGUUUGGAAAUUAAAUCGUACCUUUUGUCAUCUUUGACUUUGAUAAUACAUUGAAUCUUGUAUUGUAUGUCCAUUCACUCUGGAGGUGAAAAUCAUUUUUUUCUACAUAGUGAAAAUAUAAUUAAUGGUGAACUGAGAGUUUUUGUUUUAGAAUUGUUUUAUACCUAUGAAGUGAAAUGUGUUAACUUUUGACUGAAGAACUAGUUUACCUUAAAAAGAAAGCAGCAAAUUCCCUCAUGAGAACUAAACUGUGGUUUCCAGUUAUAGUCUUCAUUUUUAAAAAACUGAGUGCGUUAUCUAAUUAAUUAUAUGCCAUAACUUGUCAUGACAGCUGCUCUGAGUUGCUAUCAUGGACUAGAUGAAGGUGAAGUAUUCCUCAUAAUAUACUGAAAUAAGAACUUCUCUGUUUGUUACUGGAGAUAGCACAGUAUAGACACUGAUAUGUCCCUGUCUGGCCCUACAAGUUGCUUAGUUGCCAUAUGCCUCAGUUUUUCCCCUGCCAAACUUGGAUGAUACUUGCCCAACCUACCUCAUAAUGUUCUCAAAAAGAUCAGUUUGAAUAAGUGUGAAAAGCCUUUGAAGAUAUUUUUUAAGUGCCAUGCAUAGUUAGGGACUUGUUAUAGUUGUUCAAAUCUAUGAGCAGGUUAUUGUUAUUUAUUUUUACUGUGAAGAAAAGAAACAAGUAGCAUCAUUCACAUGAAUCUUGGAUGAAUAUGUGGACUUUUGGCCUUAAGGAAGAGCUAGUGUAUAUGAUCUUUAUUCAGCAGUUACACUUCUCACACCGUCCUUUGUUCACAAAAACUAACACCAAAAAACAUGACAUUUAAAAGAAAAGGAUUCACUGAAAUCUGAUAAAUUGCUUUUGGUGGCUGGUGAGUUUAUUUAUUUAUUUUUUUGUAGCUAUUGUUUUUCCAUUGCUGUAGUAACAUUUUUGCUAAUUGUGGUUUACACCUUGAAUGCCAGAUUCUGCUAGACUUUAAUUGAAUGUGGGCUUAUUUUUCAGCCUUGUAAAUGGGAAAAUAAACAUUAGACUUAACUGUCAUAUACAGCAUUUCCUUGGAAACCACCUUAGGACAUUAGUGUGGUGGCUAUGACUGUAUGUGUCAGUGCUUCUCAGUGAAUAAAUUGUGAAUGUGAGCUUUUUGUAGGCUGCUUCUCUGUAACCGUCAACGCCAAUAAAUAUUGUUUGUUUCUUCUUAUAAUAAAUUAAUUUUUCAACUUC